GUUCCAAUAAUCUUCGUGGGGCCUAAUCGGAUGGUUCAAGUUCAACAACAAGUCUUUUCUGAGUCUUGCUUUUUUGUUGUUGGAAGUCUUGAUUCCUUUUAAGAUUUUACUUAAUUUGCAAGUUGUUGCUGAUCAGAAGAGUAAAGCGUAGUGGAGCUUAAUUAUAGGAUUCUGAAGCAGGUUCUUGUAAAAUCAGCUUCUCAGGGAUGCAUCAGCAAAUAUCUCGAUCUGAAGCUUCCAAACGACCACACCCAAGAGUUUUUCAAAGAGGAAAAAAUAAGAGAAGGUACAGGCAAAAAAAGAAGAAUGAGUAUGCAAGGUUAGCUGCGGAAAAUAGAUUCUUCAAAGGAAUAAUUGAGGGGAUGAUUUCCCAAUACUCGAAAGUUCCUGGCAAAAAUUUUCAGAAACAUGAAAAUUAUGUUUCCCACUCAACCGGCCAGAGAAGCUUUUAUACCCAAGUAACUAAUCUUAGCUUAUUGGACCAACAAGGCAUGGUCUUUCAUACAGGGGGAAAUGAUGAUGAGUUCCAUGUUAUGAACGGUUUGGAACUUGAUGAAUUAUUGGAUGAUCUGUUGUCGAAUGAAACGGAAAAAUCUAAGAAUUCUCAGACUUUCAAGAAAAGCAUCUUGACUGAAUUUCUGAAGAAACUUGAUGACGAUGUUGCAAGCAGCAUUGAUUUCCCUGACUUCAUGGUAUGCUUUGAUGGGGAACACAAAAAAAUUGGAAGAUAUAAUUUCCCAUCGUCUUUAGUUUCUACCGUGGAAAGAAUCACCGAUGUCUAUGGUGAUGUUUCUGCAGCAUGUUUAAUGAACUCCAUUGUUGCGGAGAAAAUCUAUCUAUUUUUCUGUGCUACAAUUAAAGAGAUGGAGGAUAUGGAGCUUCAUCAAGUUACAGAGGAAAAAUUGUUAAAAUGGAGGGAUGCCAUUAAGGAUGCUCUUCGCAUCGAUUUCAAAGUCGAUUUUGCUAUGCAUCAUUUGAAAAGAAUUGCUCGUGCUUAUUUUGGCUGCAUGGGAAACCAAGAGCUUCAGAGCAUAGAGUACAAAUUGGAUGCCUUGAACAAGCAGCGUGCGGAGACAUACAAGGAUUUCAAAGACUGUCUGGCUGAUGCAAAAGACUUCUAUGGCAAGUCUGUCAGCACUGGUUUAUUCCCUUGAUCCUUCCAUUGCUCCAGCACCAAGAACUUUCUCCAUUUCUAGCUAUUUUAGGUGUGUUGUUUCUUUAAUUUUGGGCCCUUUUUUUUUUUUUCCCUCUUAUCUGGUUUAUGAAGUUGUCCAUGGGAGAUGGACUAAUUUCUCACAAGGUUCUGAUGUUAAGGAGUUUUCUAGGUUACGGUCGUUACCAGAACAACAGUACGGUUUACUCUCCUUGCCGUACUGUGUUUUAUGUGCCGAGCGUAACAUGUUUAACUCUUUUAACAUUUGAUUAGUUUGGAUACGUGGUGUGAGAGACGACUCUCAUCUGAUUGUUGGUGUCGCUAUAGGAGUUCAUUCAAGAUGGCACGUACAAUAGACUCUCACCACGCAUCCAACAAAGUGGCCUAUUGUCAGAGGUUAAAUUGAAACCUAUUUUUGAACCCUAACUUAAAAACUAAAGUUUUUUAGGUUAAGGGAUCAAGAAUACGUUUUGAUCUGAUCUCCAACAGCUACAUUCAUCUUUGUGUAAAAGUACAAUGGUUUGCUUGUAUUGCAUGUUUGGGUAUUUGCUAUUCCAACUUGACCUCUAUCGUAUGUAAUAACAAUGGCCUUGGAGUUUGCAGACAAAGUAUGAAUUUGAUCUUCUAUAUUAAUUAUUAAAUCCAAGAUUUUCAUGCAUGCUAUUCCAAUUACAUUUUUAUCCUUCGUUGGAGAUAAUCUUUUAUCAUUCUAUACUAUUUUGUCAUCCAUUUGCUGGAUUGAGCUCCUUUUCUAUUUUUUGGGUCAACUAUUUUUUAAUAUUUUCAUUAUCACCAUUUAUACGUGUAUGUUAGAUUCAAAUUGAAAUUAUGAAAGUCAUACCAACGAUGAUUUAAGACAUAUUGAAAGGUAAUGAACAAAAUAUAAUGAAGUGAUCGGAAGGGAGAGGAUAAUUGAAGGCAAAAUAG